GAUUUUUACAUUUGUUCUGAGUUGUGUUUGUGCUUUCGUAGAGUUUACUCAGAACCUCACUAGGUUGCUGAACUAUUAAAGAUACUGUAGUGCUGUGUCUCCCGAAUGGAGUCCCAGGUGCGCCAGAGCUUCCCUGCUGAAUGUGAGGCUGCUGUGAACUGCAUGGUAAACAAGGAGCUGUAUGUCAGCUGCGUACAUCAGUCCAUGUCCUGCUAUUUUGACGGUGCUGUUGUGGUUCUGAGGUACGUGACCCAGUUCCUGAAGGAGAAGUCCUAUGAGGCAAAGGAACAUACAGAGAGGGUUUUGUCACCCCACAACAAACGAGGGGGGCGUGUUGUCCUGCAGGACAUGCAGAAGCCAGAGCGGGAUGAGUGGGGGAACAGCCUGGAGGCCCUGCAAUGUGACCUGCAGCUGGAGAAGACUGUGAACCAGGCCCUGUUGGACCUGCAGAAGCUGGCUAUGGAGAAGAGUGAUUCCUGUCUCUGUGACUUCCCAGACUCUGAGUACCUGGAGAAGCAGGUGAAGGCCAUCAAGCAACUGGGAGACCACCUCACCAACCUGAAGCACCUGGGAGUGCCCCAGAAUGCCAUGGGAGAGUACCUGUUUGACAAGCUCACCCUGGGGGAGAGCAGCUGAACUCUUCACUACUUUUAUCCUUCAGUAAGAACCCUGGACCUCUCCUCUAGAAGACAGCAAAAGAUCCAUUGCCUAACCCCUCAGUAUGGUGAAUAAAAUUUGGCUUCAAGCUA